AUGGGUGACCGUAGGCAUGAUCGGGACGAGAGCAGCGACGAGGAGCUGGAGCUCUACUCGAGGCCAAAAAGCCUGCCGUCGCCGCCCAAGUCGCCCAACGAUCUCAAGUCGCCCAGCGCCCACUACAUGCGGGUUGAUGCCGACGAAAAUGCCCAGCUGCUGUCGCCGGGGCAGUUCAAUUUCCACGAAGAUGACGACGACGACGACGAUGAUGAUGACGGACUGGACGACCUGGAAGCCGGAGAACGGACCCCGGUAGAGGAGCAGAGCUUGGCUGCCAAGCCGGCCCGUCGUCGGGGCUGGAGCUGGUGGCCAAGAAGACGUGGUGGAGACCCCAACGGCAACGGCCUUGCCAAGGGCAGUGGGGUCGAGCGAGCCGCCAGCACGGGAUUCUGCGGGCUACGCAUCCCGCCUUGGCUCGUCAGGCCUAUCGUUAUCCUGCGGCUGUUCCCGUGGGAUGGACCUGACCAGCAUGCGGUACACUCCAUUACUCCCUUCUUCCCCAACAUCCAAGACUACCCAGUAAGAUGGCUCGAGUACAGGCUGGGAACAGGAACACCGCGACGUACGGCGCUGGCCAUGUUUGUGGGCUUGUGGUUACUCCUGUUCACUCUCUUCUUAUCAAUAGGAUACUCUGGCUAUGGCGGCAGUCCACCAAUAGUCCAUUUGUCGUGCACAGAUACCCUCUGGCCAAAGGGUAAUGACUGCGGCCUCAAUGGGAUUGACUGCAAGCCAUUUUCGAACCACACCUUUACUGUCCACUGCCCGCCAGGCUGUGCCUCGGUAGGCCUGCCCGAGCCUAGAUUCAUUGGUACCGAGCUACUCCAGGACAUGCCGCUUGUCAUCGGCUCCGGAUUCUACCGGGGCGACUCUUACCUCUGCGCAUCUGCCAUACACGCCGGCGUGCUUUCCAACGGUGGCGGCUGCGGCCAGAUCAAACGUAAGGGGCCUGGCACCCAGUUCCACGCUUCCGACGCCAAUGGCGUCAAGUCUAUCGCUUUCGACUCGUAUUUUCCCAUGGCUUUCACUGUGGUCGAGUCGGAAACCUGCGGCAUCUCGAACCCGACCUUGCCCCUGCUCAUCCUGACCCUUUUCUUCACCAUCGUGCUCUGCAUCUUCACCGUCCAUCCGGCAGCGCUCUUCUUCUCCACCGUGGCCGUCCUCUUCGCCUUCGUCGGCCUGGCCUCCGACCCGCCACCCGUCUCGCAUUACUCCACCAUCGUCCUGCCCGAGCUCAUCUCCACCUCUGCGGCCCGUCUCCUCCCGGCCGUCUUCGUCGCCCUGACCCUCUACCACUUUGUCAUCUGCCGCGCCCUGGGCGGCGACUUCCCCCGCACGGGCCUGCUCCCCCUCCGCGCGCAGUACGAGAAGCUCUGGCUCUGGCUGCUGCCGCUAUGGCUCGGUGCCAUGGCUAACCAUGUCCUCGGCUGGGCCUUUCUCACGCGCUUCAAGCCCUUUGCCAUCGUCAUCGCCGCCGCCCUCAUCUGCGCCGCCGCGGGCCAGCAGUCCGUCACCCUGUGGCGGGAGGGCCGCCUGCCGGGCUUCAUGCGCCUGUACGGAGCCCUGCUCGCCGCUCUGAUCCUGUCGGCCAUCCUCCUCCCCGGCGUCGAGCUGCAGGUGCCGCCCUAUGCUCUCGCCCUCGUCCUCCUCCCCCUGACGGCCGUGCAGACCCGCCCCUCGCUCGCGUACCAGGGCUUCCUCCUGGGCCUGCUGGUCAACAGCGUCGCACGCAACGGCUUCCAGCCGAUCCUGCUCCCGCACCACCGCCCCGUUCCGCACCCGCUGCCGUCGCUGCUAGGCGAGCCCCGGAUCAAGGACGUGGCCGGCGGCUACCUCAGCAUCACGUUCGAGUGGGUCGUCCCGUCUAUCGACUACACCACCGCCAACGAGAAUUCUGUCAUCGAGGGCAUCAGCGUCCUGGUCAACGACGUCGAGCGCCACCGCGCCUUCUUCCAGGAGCCAAAACGUGACAAGGACCACGGCGCAGGCGGCGCCAAGGGUUUCGUCUGGGCCAGGGCCGAGGGUGCUGACUUCCCAGAGUACUUCCGCUUCGGAUACAUCAGGGAGGGCAAGAGGGCGCUCGAGUAUACCAAGGCUGGGGUGUGGAACGCCAACGGGACUUGGGUUCCUCCAGAGGGAUCUUGA